UACGUGACGUCACACGUCACGGUAGUAUUACUCACCAACCAUUGCAGCUCAUGGCAUGGUCAGAAGCGGUUCUCCACACUACUGCCUGUUUUACUCUGAAGCUGAAGACAGCUGCAAAUUAGCAUGGCUUCAGCGUACUAUGAGUUUUACCGAGGGUCAUCAAUUGGAAUGGCCCUGACAGACUCGCUGGACGAGCUUAUCACCAGCGGCGCUAUCACACCGCAAUUGGCCAUGAAAGUCCUUCAACAGUUUGACAAGUCGCUUGCAGACACGAUGGUCAAGCAGGUGAAAACAAAGACUACCCUCAAGGGCAACCUUCGGACAUACCGUUUGUGCGAUGAUGUUUGGACAUUCAUCGUCAAAAACCCGUCCUUCAAGAUGGAAUCGAACGAAAUGGUGUCAGCGGCUCGCAUAAAAAUAAUCGCAUGCAAGAAUGGAGAUGCCAUUGAAGCAGGAAAGAAGUAGCCGAGAUAUAUCUGAACGCUCGAGCCAUCUCUUAUGGCAGUUACUUCAUACUUAUGCAUACAAUGUUGUACUACCUUUCCACGCUGUUGUUUCUCACUGGUUGUCAUGGAUAGAUAAGCAAAUACUGGCUUCAUUUCCGAUACAAGUUCUUUAAAAUCGUCGUAGGCUCGAGUUAAGACUGGGUACCGAUAGUCUGAAUACGAUUUUGAGUAGACAAAGAAGAGGAUAUGGG